GGGGUGGUGGGGGGUAAAAAAACCUAUAAAUACUCCUAAUCUUAAACAUUUUUUCAUAUCUCUUCUCCAAUUCUUCCUAAAUCCUAUUCUUAACUCUCUACUCUCUAAUUCUCUUAUUCUCCAUUCUCCAAUAUAUUAUAUUUAUUAUUUAUAGUUUAUAUUAAUUAUCUACUUAUAUAAACUAUAAAUAGAUAUAAAUAGUAUUAUAUUACUUAUAUUUGUUAUCUAAUUAUAUAUUACUUAUAUAUUUAUUAUAUCUAUUAAUAUAGUUGGAAUUAUAUCUAAUUAAUUUGAAGUCAUUCUAUUACUCCCAUCCGAAAGACCGAAAGUCCGAAAGAGGUACGAAAUUAUUCUAUUAUUUACACUUGUUUAAUUACUAGUUAAUUAGUAUAGUUGGAAUUACGAUUUUUUAUUAAUAUAGUUGGAAUUACAAUUUUUUAUUAAUUGCUACAUUUGACUCUAGUUUAUAAAAUAUGUUGUACACAAAACUAGUUAAUUCACUACUUAAUUUGCUAUAACUCGAAUUAAUAGUUAGAUAAAUAGUUAAUUAGUUUUUUACAAUUUUUUAUUAAUUGCUACAUUUGACUCUAGUUUAAAAAAUAUGUUGUACACAAAACUAGUUAAUUCACUACUUAAUUUGCUAUAACUCGAAUUAAUAGUUACAUAAAUAGUUAAUUAGUUUUUUACAAUUUUUUAUUAAUUGCUACAUUUGACUCUAGUUUAUAAAAUAUGUUGUACACAAAACUAGUAAAUUCACUACUUAAUUUGCUAUAACUCGAAUAAUAGUUAGAUAAAUAGUUAAUUAGUGUUUUACAAUUUUUUAUUAAUUGCUACAUUUGACUCUAGUUUAAAAAUAAUGUUGUACACAAAACUAGUUAAUUCACUACUUAAUUUGCUAUAACUCGAAUUAAUAGUUAGAUAAAUACUUAAUUAGUUUUUUACAAUUUUUUAUUAAUUGCUACAUUUGACUCUAGUUUAAAAAAUAUGUUGUACACAAAACUAGUUAAUUCACUACUUAAUUUGCUAUAACUCGAAUUAAUAGUUACAUAAAUAGUUAAUUAGUUUUUUACAAUUUUUUAUUAAUUGCUACAUUUUUUAGAUGGAUCGUCCUAGAUAUUCGGUUGAUAUGGGUAACCUCGAGCGUAACCGAACGAACGAGCUUGCGAGGAAGAGAUCCCGCAAAGGUAAAUCACAUCUCGGCUCUUCAUCUCAAAGUCAAGACGAUUUUGAUACGGGUUACGUAAGGAGGGAUGGGGAUGCGAUGACCGACGAACAACUAGAACAAGAAUUGCAUCGACAUAAUUCCCGCUUUUUUCAAGACCAACCGAGGACCAUUGACGAAGAAGAGCUCGAGGACGAGGACGACGAUGUGGAGGAAGCAAUUCCGGAGAGCCACGACGACGAGGAGGAGGAGGGUGGCGGCAGCCAUGACGCCGACCAAGCAGCCUCAUCCCAAACAGGUACAAAAAAAAGUAAAUCUGAAUUAAUGGAUAAUAAUUUUUCUAAGUGGAAGGACCCGAACACCGGGAAUUGGACCGCAACUUCCAAUUGGUGCAAGAAAAACUAUAGCUUGGGGAUUUCCGGCGGAUACGGAUCCGCCACAAGACACCUUAAGUCCAAACACCCGGUGGAGUAUGCAAAAUUAGGCGGCGGAACGGGGAAACAAACGCAAAUAUCGAGGUUUGCAAAUAACCAACAAGCUUUUGGUAAUUUCUCAUACAAUGAUGCACAAAAUUUGACAGGUAUGACUAACUUACUUGUUGAAGAAAAUUUGCCUUAUUUGUUUUCUGAAAGUCUUGCUUUUCGUGAUUAUGCACAAACUUGUUUAAAUCCGCAAUAUAGAGGUUAUAGUCGCAAAAUGGUUAAGAAAGAAAUUUCAAGGCUUUAUGGUGCGGAAAAGGUAAGGUUACAAAAUUAUUUUGCAAACUUUGAUGGACGUGUUACUGUAUGUUCUGACAUAUGGGAGGAUACUUAUCAUAAUUUACAUUAUUUGGGUCUGACUGUACAUUAUAUUGAUAAUGAUUGGCAUAUGCAAAAACGUGUUCCCGGUUUUAGCAAAGAUGGCUAAGCAAGUGCUAUCAAUGCCGGUUUCAACGGUUGCCGUGGAACAAGAAUUUAGUUCGGACGGCAAUGUUCUAACACAAACCAGAACGAGGUUGAGCGCUGAAUCUCUUGAGAUGCUUAUAUGCUACCACGAUUGGUUGAAAGCAGCACGUAGAGCUCAAGAAAUUGACAUCACUCCAUCACAACACUUUAUGGAUGAAUCUACAGAGGGUGGCUCUACUUAUGCCGGAGAUUCCGAUUAAAAACAAUUAUAGUUCAUAUUUAAUUUUCAAAUGUAGUUCCUAUUUCAUUUCAAAUAAAUGCACUUGAAGUUUGUUUUUUAAUACUUGUAUAAAACUAUAAAGUAUAAAAUAUAAAUUAAAAAAAAAAAAUUACCCGGCCCGGCGAGUGGCCCGACCCGUGACCCGGGCGGGUUGCCCGGCCCGAACCGGACCCGUCCAACCCUCGGGCCGGUCCCGGGCCCACUAUUCUAGAACCGGCGGCCCGGCCCGGGCCCGACCCGGCCCGGGCCCGACCCGGCCCGAAUCCACCCCUAGUUAUAAUGUGUAAUCAUGAUUACACUUCUAAAACUGUACAAUUAAACUGAG